UUUUCUCAUUCCAAUCCCUCAUUACAUCAUCAUAUCAAAAGAGAGCAUGGAUCGCAGCAAGAGCGAAACAUCCAUUGACAUGACCAUGGCCACUAAGGCGGUUCCAGUUCCAGUUCCAUCUUCGACUUCAUAUUGAGGGUGUGUGGGCGGGUAGGCCACGGCCACCAUGGGCACCACCCAUCAGACUCUUCCUUUCUUCACUCAGUUCUUCCAGUUCCAAGCCAGCUACGACGACCUCCCCACUUUCACAUUCUUCGUGGUGGCAAAUGCCAUAGCAAGUGGCUACUUGCUCCUGUCCAUGCCUUUCUCCAUUGUCGCAAUCGUUCGGCCCCACGCAUCUGGAGUCAAGCUUCUCCUCCUCAUCCUUGAUACCCGGCAGCGGCGAUUGUGUACUUGGCCCACAACGGCAACUCCAACACCAACUGCUUCGCCAUCUGCCAGCAGUUCAACGACUUCUGCCAGCGUGUCAGCGGCUGUUAAGGGUGAACUCCUUAACCUCGCACAAAUUCCUCCGUGAGGUCGCGGGAACGUUUUCCCGUCGAUCGCACACGACAAGAACUAGGAUCAAUUCCUCCGUGAGGUCUUUGCCCGACGAUCAACAACGACAAGAACUAGGGUUUUGAGUUGUUGAAGAAGAAAGUAGCGUAAAAAAUAGUUUUUUUCGUGAAUGAUUGAACUGAAGAACA